AUGAAAUUUGCUACUGCUUUCGCUAUUUUAUCCGGUUUAUUAGUUGCUAAAGCCAAUGCUGCAACUGUCUCCACCACAGUCAACCCUUCUUCCCUUGCUAGUGCUCUUGCUGAUGCCAAAGUUUCUGUAGCUGCUUCUCCAAGUAGUAGCUCAGCCGAUAUUAAAAUUACUGGUAAUGGUGGUGUUAACUUAGGAAAUAUUGAUUUCAGUUGUAAUCAUCAUUGUCACAUGGCCAUUAAAGCCGUCGAGGACAAUUGCGGUGGUAAAGAUUUUGAUUGUAUUAGUGAUUUAUCUGAUGACCAAUUAUGGAACCACGUGAAGGAAUGUAACUGUAUCAAUCCAUUUGGUCUCCUUGACACCAACACCCUUAAAACUGGUGUUAUUAAAGCUGGUAAAGCUAACAUCAAUAUUCAAGCUAGUGGUUCCUUCAGUUUCGGUAAUACCGAUUCUACCCUGACCACCACUUCAUCUUAA